AUUCAAUGUUACUAUUAUGGAAGCGAGGAAAUAUUUACUGCAUCGAAAAGUUUAAAGGCUCGGAAUCACCUUGCAGAUUAAAACAAAGUUUUUCUACCAUGUGAUUCAGGGCUUUCAUACUUGACAAAUCGGAGAAAUUUCCACUAGUAGUUUUUUAGGGCUUUCAUACUUGAUAAAUCGGAAAAAUCACUGUAAAAUUCAUCCUCCAUUGCUAAAAAUCAGGUAUUUCAAACUUCUACUCUUAAUUAAGUAUUUGUAGAGAUUUUUUCAAUACGUUCUGGUUUUCGAUUGAUUUCGAUGUGUAAGCUGUCUGAAUCUUGGAGUUUUAGAUUGUUUCGGUCACCAUUGGCGUAUCGACUGCAAUUUCGAUUCUUUGAAAAUUUGAGUGCUGCUGUGUAAAAUCACAUAAGUUUAUCUUUAGCUCACCGUACCAACUCCCGAGUAUCGCACCCCUUCUUGGUUCUUGGAAAAUUAAGACUUUGGCGGCGAUAAUUUGUCAACUUAUUGGUCGUUGUUACAACAUCUAAAGCGAGAGAGGAAAAAUUCAUGUUCAGUUAUUGAUCAAACUCCGAAAAUAUGAUCAGAUUCAUAUUGUUACAGAAUAGGCAAGGGAAGACUCGUCUAGCAAAGUAUUACGUUCCUCUAGAAGAUUCCGAAAAGCAUAAAGUUGAAUACGAGGUUCAUCGAUUGGUUGUAAAUAGAGAUCCAAAGUUCACCAAUUUCGUUGAGUUUCGUACGCACAAGGUUAUCUACAGGCGCUAUGCUGGGUUAUUUUUCUCCAUGUGUGUUGAUAUCACAGAUAAUGAGUUAGCAUAUCUUGAGUGCAUCCAUCUCUUUGUGGAAAUAUUGGAUCACUUUUUCAGCAAUGUGUGUGAGCUGGAUCUAGUCUUCAAUUUUCACAAGGUUUACCUGAUACUUGAUGAAUUUAUCCUUGCCGGCGAGCUUCAAGAAACGAGUAAGAAGGCCAUUAUUGAGAGGAUGGGUGAACUAGAGAAACUGGAAUGAUUUGAAAUAUUUUGGUGUCCAAUUCUAUGCAGCUCUAUGAAUUUAAUGUUUGUAUUUGUUUGAUCUCUCUUGUCAAUUCAAUAUCUUUGGAGGCUAGUCAAACUCCUUGCUUCAUGUCCUCAUAAGUGAAACAUAUGUAUUUAGUCAGUUUAUAUGCUCGACUGCUUGUUGUGAUCUUAAUUUUUAAUUACUAGUAUCUGUUUUUAAUACUCAAUUUGACAUAUAUUUGCUUUAAUAUGAGAAUUUUUUGAUUAACGCUAC